AAAUGUGCGCGACUGGGCGGGGGCGGCGAUCGGGACUCCCGGGCGGCCCCUGACCGGCUGGGCGACCUUGGGGGAGCGGACUCCAUCUGUGGAAGAAGGUGUGGAGCCCGCGUCCACUGCCGGCCCGUCUUCCUCCCUCUUUUCCUGCCGGCCUUUGCCAUAUAGGCCUAAGCUGCCUUCUCCCGAGUGAGCAGGUUUCCGUUUAGACGGCCAGGCCCAGGAGGAACCUGAGGCCAAGGACGCGCAGGGAAGGCUACGCGCGACGCACGCCUGUAGGGGAAUGCCGUUGUUGCUGCUCUGCGUCGUGUCCACCGCUCUUCCACGAUUUAUCAGAGCAGAUGCUUGCGAGGACGUGAGUAUGCAGGAUACUGUGUCAGUGGGCCAGCCUACGGCUUUUCACUGCAUAUACCCUCUGCCAACAUCUGGGAAGGUAGAUGCAACAUGGUAUAAAUAUCCUAGAAAAAUCCCAGUAUCCAAAAACAUACAGUCUCGAAUCCACCAGGACCAAAACUGGAUUUUGUUUCUCCCUGUGAAAGGGGAGGACUCUGGGAUCUACUACUGUGAUACAAAUGAUACAAACACCUGUCCCAGGAUGCAAGUCAACCUCACUGUAUUUAAAAAACAUUGGUGUGGUACUUCUGGAAACAGUCAACCGCAUAUGCCAGAUGAGUACAAACAGAUUUUAUACGUUGGAAGAGAUGACAUUCUUAUAUGUCCUCUGAACUUCCCAGACAGUUUUCAUUUGGAUUCAGUAAAGUGGUAUAAGGACUGUAAAGAGAUUGAAGGAGAACGAUUCAUUUCUCGGAGAAAGAAGCUUUUAGUGAAGAAUGUCUCGACAGAGGAUGGAGGGAACUAUGCGUGUCAAGCCACGCUCACAUAUGCAAAGCAGCAGCACACUGUUUUAAAUAGCAUUUCUGUGAACAUCACAGAAAAAGUGGGAAAUGGAAGAAGAAUCCCUAAGAUCAUUUAUCCAAAAAAUAAUUCAAUUGAAGUAAAACUUGGCUCCACCCUCAUCGUGGACUGCAAUAUAACAGACGCAUGGGGUAGCACAAACCCGCGCUGCUGGAAGGUCAAUAAUACAUUGGUCGAUGUUUACUACAAGGAAUCUAAACGAAUUCAAGAAGGAAUCGAAAACUACACUGUUUCUCAAGGACACAUGUUUUACACAGUGAACAUAACCUUCUUAGAAGUGAAAAUGGAAGAUUAUGGCCGCCCGUUCACAUGCCAUGCUGGAGUGUCUGCAGCUUACGUUAUACUAAAACUCCCAGUUACAGAUUUUCGAGCUUACUUGAUAGGAGGGCUUCUUGUUUUGACCAGCGCGGCGGUGUCUGCCAUUUGUAUCUACAACGUUUUUAAGAUCGACGUUGUACUUUGGUAUCGAAGUGCCUUGCAUUCUGCAGGGCCCAUAGAAGAUGGGAAGCUGUAUGAUGCAUACGUCUUGUACCCCAAGCCUCAAAGAGAGAGCCACAGCCAUGAUGUGGACACUCUGGCAUUGAAGAUUCUCCCCGAGGUGCUGGAGAGGCAGUGUGGAUACAAGUUAUUUAUAUUUGGCAGGGAUGACUUUCCUGGACAAGCUGUGGUCAAUGUCACUGAUGAAAAUAUUAAGCUGUGCAGAAGACUGAUCAUCAUCAUAGUUCCCGAAGCGCUGAGCCUUGACCUAUUAAGGAACAUGUCAGAAGAACAAAUCGCAGUCUACAAUGUUCUCAUCCAGGAUGGGAUAAAGGUCAUUCUGAUUGAACUGGAGAAGGUCAAGGACUAUACAACCUUGCCAGAGUCCAUUCAGUACAUCAAACAGAAGCAUGGGGCCGUCCAGUGGAGUGGGGACUUCACAGAGCAGUCACAGUGUGCAAAGACCAAGUUCUGGAAGAAAGUGAGGUAUCACAUGCCACCCAAAAGGUGGCCACCUUCUCCUCCCGUCCAGCUGCUAAAGCACACGCCCUUCGACCUCAUGGACAGCAAGCGGGAGGCCAAUGUGGGGUUCAUCACCCCGUGAUGGAGAGUUGGUUGUCAUGUGGUGGCUCACGUUUAAAUUAGGAUGCAUUGCAUUUGGGCCAUUCGCUUGAGGCUUACGGUUGUGCACUCGUGGAAAGGACUGUGUUUACUUGCUCAUUUUGCUCAGAGCUACUUCUUUAAGGAAAGACAUUACCUCUCCCGAAGCCCUCAUCAACUGACUGGCGCUGAACACUCAUGAACACUGAUGAGCCUGGAGCAUUAGCGUUUGAGCCCCUGGGGAUGGGACGUGGAGGGUUGUAGAGUGACAGUUCAGAUGUCAGGUGGUUUGGCAUGUGGUGUGGCCCUGGGUAGCCAGGAUACAGGAGGGCAGUGUGGGCUUGGGUAGGGCUGGCAAAGGUAAUGGCCCUCACUCUUCAUGCCUGACCAGUUGUGCAAGGCCCUUGUCCUCAGGGAAUAUUGGCUGUGUCUCUGAGCCCCUCACUCCUCAAAUGCAAAUAAAUACCUGUGACCCCGCAGUCUGAGCACCUUGGCACUGGAAGCAACUUUGGGGUCCCCUGUGGGGGCCAACUCUGGUGUCACUGAGAUUGCCCGUGAAUCACCCCGCUGGUGGGCCCCAUGCUUUGAAAGACUCUACCUGUCAGACCAAAAUAAGUAAUAACUCACUUAGUUUUCCCAGCUGGCCUACGUCAGCCAGAAUUCUGAGCCACAUAUGAUAGAUGCAGUUACCAUACCAAGAGGAUGUACUUCUAAUCCAAGCAAACAAAAGCCGUCUUUCAGUUAGCCAGCACACUCUCAUCACAGGUCAGUUUAUGAUUGAACAAGUCACAAAGAUUUCUGACACUAAAAUUGAGCUGUAAACUCUUAUCAUUACUUUCAAAGACCCAAACUGUUGGAGCUUAGAUAUAGUCCAACCCUCUUAUUCUGUGGUUGACAACGACAGCAUUCAAAGGUGGCCGCUGUGGUGAGAAUGUUCCUGUCCGCAAAAUUCAUAUGUUGGAACCCUAACACCCAACGUCGUGCUUUAGGAGGUGAGGCCUGGGGAGGUGAUUAGGUCCUGAGGGAGGAGCCCUCAUGGAUGGGAUUGGUGUUCUUUUUUUUAACACCUUUAUUGGAGUAUAGUUGCUUUACAAUGUUGUGUUAGUUUCUGCUGUAUAACAAAGUGAAUCAGCUAUACGUAUACAUAUGUCUCCUCCGUCUUGAGUCUCCCGAAGCACUUUUAAAAGCCAGGUGAGGGAGGGGUGUGGCAGGGUCUGUGAUCAGCUGUGCACAAUUCUCUGAUUAGCUGAUGGUAAGGUAGCAGGGUGGUGUCGCAGGGGUUAACACCAUCAGUCUUGGGACUUCCCCGGUGGUCCAGUGGUUAAGACUCCGUGCUCCCAAUGCAGGGGGGCCAGGUUCGAUCCCUGAUCAGGGAACUAGAUCCACAUGCCGCAACUAAGACCCUGAACGUCCAAAUAAAUAAAUAUUUAAAAACAAAACAGAACGAAACAUUAUCAGUCCUUAGGCUCCAGGAGGCCUGGGGCUAUGUGUUCACACGGUCAUCAGUUCACAUCUUCCAUUUGUUGGAGAGGGGGAGGUUUUUUACAUCUGUAACAACAACUGAGGAAAUGUGCCUCAGACACUGUUACCUGGGUGCUUCAGAGAGGAGCUACGGCAGAGGAUAUGAUGGCGGGGGAGGUCUGUCCUGGGAAGGCCCCAUGGGGUCCUGCUCGGUUACAGUGAGAGGUGAAUAGGUCAGAGUGAAGGUGAAAUACAGGUGCUGCGCCCCUCAUUACCUUUUGGUUCACCUUCCUGUAAUGACUGAGCUGGCCACAAAACCCACUUCCUUUGGUCUCCCACCUCGAACACCGUAAGUCUGCCCAUGAGAAAGGGCAGGGUGAAGGCUGAGUCACAUCAUUUAAAGGGUCCAGGAAGGGCUGGUCUUUUCCCAAAAGACUGAGAUGCAGAUACACACGUGUAAGUGCUUGGCACGCUCUGUGGUUCCACGAGGCACUGUCUGACUAAUGUGGGGAAUGGGCAGCGGAGCCCCUGUCCCUUCAUGCCUCCUGCCAUCCCCCAUGCCCCCCCCGCACACUGACUCACAAGGCUUCCUGCUGUAUCCCAGGCCGCUGACCUUUCCUCAGCUCUCCAUCCCGCUUCAUGUUUAUAAACUUUCCUCCAACACUCAU